CCUUGGUCCUGUCCCCGGAGCAACUCCGGUACUUCCACACCCUGGACCGGCGGCUCAUGCUCCUGGCACCGUCCUCCUUCACCCAGUGCUUCUGCGGGCUGGCCUGCCAUCCGGAUGCCUGCUGCUAUGUCCGCGUGUCGACCACCCUGCCCCCGCUGUGGCUCCUGUCCGACGACACCAUCGACCAGCUGGCCACCCCGGUGGAGCUGGCCAGCCCGGCGGCGUCCGGCUCCCGGACGGCGUCCAAGACCCCGGCGCCGCCGGCCGGCCCGGUGCCCAGCCCCGCCCACUCGGCCUGCGAUCUGGUCCCCUUCUACUCGCGCCUGCGGCUCAUCAGCGACAAGGCGUCCCUCCUGUCCCUGUCGACCCUCAGCACGCCGGCCGGCUUGGUGUGCCUCUCCAGCCUCCUGACGCACCUGGCCCUGCCGGCGGCCGCGGCAUUCGGCGACUCGGUCGAUGGCCCCGCCGGGGGGGCCUCCUCGGGGGGCCUGGCCACCGGCGAUGCCGCCGGCGCCUCGACCGGCGGCGCCGGGUCUCACGAGUCCCCCUCCGGCCUGGCGGCCCGGGCAUCGGCCAUGCGCUGGGGCAGCAGCAGCAGCAGCAGCAGCAGCAGCAGCAGUAGCAGCAGUGGUGGCGGCGGCGGCGGCAGCGGCGGCGUCGGCGUCGGCGGCAACCCCGUGGACCGGGAUCUGCCCGGGCAUGGGGCUCCUGGCGGCCCGGCGACCGGGCCGGCCGGGGCAUCUGGCCGGCCGGCCUCGGCUCUGCAGCAGGCCGCCCCGACGGCCAUCCCGUCGCCGGCGGCGCAGCUGUCCAACCGGGUGUCGCAGCUCCUGCCCAUCAGCUCGUCGAUCAGCCGCUACGCGCGCUUUGUCUACUGCCUGAACGGGCUGCCCUCGUUGACGGCCAGCAAUGUGGCCUCGCUGGCCGUGCGCAACAUCUUCCUCGGGCUGACGGGCAACCUGGCCCGGCUGGCUCGGAAGGAUGCCCCCUCAUGGCCCGGGUCCCUGCCUCCGCUGGUGCCGGUGCACGUGCUGUCCCUGCUGGCGGCCAUCAUCGAGUCGCGCCUCUUUUCCCUGUACACCGCCCGCGGGGACUUGGACGCCCGCGACUCGACCAGCAGCAUGAGCAGCAUCCUGGCGUCGGCGGCGGCGGCCGCGGCCUCGGGCAAUCCCGGCGACCCGGGCGCCAUCCGGCAGCACCGCUUCUCCAAGAAGAGCCCGAACAUCCUGCAGCUGGAGUUCGAGCAUCCGCACCUGCCACACCUGACCUUCCAGGUGUCGCUCUUGGAGUUCAACACCCCGCUGCAGCUGACCGGCCCCGGGGCCACCGGGGCCGGGGUGGAUUAUGCGUCCCUGGUGGAGGGCGACACGCCGGCCGUCGGCCCGGCCGGCACGGCGCCCCUCAUGAUCCACGACCAGGUGGUGGACAUCUGCUGCUUCUUCCAGCCGGCCGGGGCGGCAAGCGACAAGUCCGAGGCCGGGGCCUCCGGGGGGCCGGGGGCCAUGCCCGGGUCGGCUUCCGGGCAUCCCCAUGGCCCGGGGUCCCCGGCGGCGGCCAUCCGCCAGCUGGUCGAGUGUCUGACCCGGCCGCUGCCCGGCCUGGCCGGCCAGGGGAUCCUGCACCCGGUCUUCCGCGAGGGGCUGCUUGCGGAUGUCCUCAGCAUCGGGGUCGACUCGACCUACAACUCGGUUUGCCCGCGCGAGACCACCUGCACGCCGGACAGCUGCCUGCUCAUGCAGGCCGAAUUCGAGGCGCCCUUCCUGCACUCCGGCAGCGAGCCCGCCCCGGACCCUGGGGCCGCCUCUCCCAGCCCGGCCCGAUGCCUGGGGUCGCACUAUGCCGGCUCCGGCCGCGGCAGCCUGGCGCACAUCCCCCACGCCUCUUUGGCCCUCCAGUCGGAGGUCUUCAUCCGCGCGCCGACGCUGGCCGCUGCGCCCUGGUUCCGCAUGGAGAUGUCCAUCUACUCCAAUGGCGCCCUGCUCUUUGGGCCCUCUCCGCCCGAGAGCAUCCCCCUUCACAUGCCUGUGCAUGAGGUGCCCACGACGGCUGACGCGCGCGAAGGCGGCCGCUCGCAGGCCUCCUUCUCCGGGCCCGACCGGCAGAUCAUGCUGUCCAACACCCUGAUCCACUUGCACCCCCACGAAAAGGAGAUCCAUCUGUACGGCCCCCGCAUCUCCCACUCGAUCAUGCUGAUGAUUUGCAUCCCGAAUGGUGAUGAGUUCGACCGCUGGACCACACAGCUGAUUCCCUUCGUGACGGAGCAGCUCCUGCCCCAGUCGCUGAAGCCCUGGGAAUGGCCACACCUGAUCCGGUCCCACCUGUCAUCUGCACGGCCUUUGGUCGCUGCAUCUGCCGCGGCCGCGGCCGCCAGCACGGCCUCCUCCUCGGCCAAGACCGCCCCCGCUUCCGAGUCGGCCGGCGGAUCCACGGCCCUUGGCUCGCUGGACGAUCUGGCGCCCGGCGGCGCGCCGGCCGGAGCGCCGGCCGAUGCGCCGGACCCCCAGGCCGCCGAGUUGCCCAACGCCGGGGUCCUGCCACCAGCGGCUGCCUCCGAGCACCCGCACCAGCCGCCCCGGCUGUCGCCCGCCUCGCCGACGGCCCCCGCCGCCCCGGCUGCCGGCAGCGGCAGCGGCAGCGGCAGCGGCAGCAGCUCUGGCAGCCGGUUCAUGGGCCGCAUGCGCAACCCCGCCAAGAAAAUCCAGUCCUGGCGGCUGUCCCUCUCCUCCAGCCAGCACUCGUCGUCGGGAUCCGGCUCCUCGACGAAGGCCGCCAGCGCCGAGGCGGCGGCCGCGGACCCGGCCGACACGACGACCGUUUCCCUGGCCGCGGCCGACGCGCCUCCCCGGCGCCCGACCGUCCACUAUCGGUCCGGCUCCAAUGACUAUCUGGAGACAUUCAAGUCGUUCAUGCGCAUGCCGGGCAACUUCAGCAGCAGCAGCAGCUCCUCGCUGGCCGGGCGCCAUUCCGGCGGGUCUUCCCGCGAUCCGUCCAGCUCGCUGGCCUCCGGCAGCGGCUCUGGCGAUGACUCGAUGAGCCAGUUGGAAGAUUCGUUUGUCCUGCUGGAGGACCCGGACCCGGUGUCGCCCCGGCGCAUGGUGGGGUCCCUCUCGCGCGAGGACCUGCCGGCGGACCGCUGCCCGGACAUCACCAUCACCGCCGAGGCCGAUGCCGCCGCCGCCGCCGCCGCCGCCGCCGCCGCCGCCGAUCGGCCGGCCCCCCUCGGGGGCCCCUCGCUGCCUGUGGACAUGCUGCUGGACUCGCCGAGUGACGCGCUGGUCGCCGGUCGGGCGGCGGCCCCGGGGCCGGCUGCCGAGCUUGAAACGACCACAACCCCGGGGCCGGGCUUGAGCAACAUGUCUCUGGGCUCCAGCAAUGUGUCCGUCUCGUCGACGACCGCCGGCGCGGAGGAUGCCGCCGAAGCGGCCGCCAAGGACCUGGCCGCGGCCAAAUUCCCCCACCGGUCCUUCCUGAAUCGCUUCUACUCGCUCUUCUGGUUCACCUACCGCCGGGACUUCCCCCGAAUCGAGCCCUCGGCCUUCACCUCGGAUGCCGGGUGGGGGUGCAUGCUGCGGACUUCGCAGAUGCUCCUGGCCGAGGCGUAUGCCAGGGUUCUCCUGGCGCCGGGGUUCCUGGCCUUCCAGCUGGAUUCCGCGGCCAGUGUCGGCGGCGGCGGCGGCGGCGGCGGCGGCAGCAGCAGCAGCUCCUUCUCCGACACCGGCGGGAGCCCCGCCCCUCGGCCGACCCGGUCAACCGACACCAGCCGAUGGGUGUUGGACCAGGCCCCGAAGAAGUACAACCGCCUGGUCAAUUACCGGGCCCUGCUGACCUGGUUCGCGGACUACCCCUCGGCCUCGUUCGGCAUCCAGCAAUUUGCCCAAGUGGGCCGGCAGUUUAACCGCCGGAUUGGCGAGUGGUUCGGGCCCCUGACCUCGGCGCUGGUCAUCCGCCAGCUGAUGGCCCAGCAUGAUCGCCGGCGCCUGGCGGUCUACAUCAACCGGUACAACAGCAUCUACUCGGAUUUGGCCCUGCUGACGGCGGCCGACCCGGUGACCGGCCAAUGGCGGCCGCUGUUGAUUCUGCUGCCCCUGCGCCUGGGCCCCGAGGCGCUGAUCGAGCCGCGGCACUUUGCCUGUGUCCGGGGGUUCCUCCACCUGCCCUGGAGCGUGGGCAUCGCCGGUGGCCGGCCCAGCAAGAGCCUCUACUUUGUGGCCAGCCGCGGCCCGCGGGAGCUCAUGUUCCUGGACCCGCACUCGAUCAAUCCCCAUGUGGACCCGUCCCAGCUGCGGAUGUUCCCCUCGGAGACGCACCACUGCACCAAUGUCCGAUCGAUGUCGGUCGAGCAGAUGGAUCCCAACAUGCUGGUGGGCUUCAUCGUGCGGACCCCGUCGGAGUUCCGGGACUUCAUGCGGCAUGUGCGCCGUGGCCCGCCGCUGUCGGCCAUGGCCGACAGCACGCCGGCCUCCGGGGCAGCCCCGGGCGGCGGCCCCGGCAGUGGCCCCUCCUCGGGCGGGUCGUCCAGCUCCGGGGCCAGUUCCUCCGGCGCCGGGCCGACCCUGGCCGCGGUGGACACCUCGCGCUAUGAUGGCUGGCCGUCGGUCAUCGAGGAGUCCCCGCACUUCCACUACCUGGAGUAUGUGGAAGAGAUGGUGUCCACGGGGAUCUGGCCAGCCGAGUAUGGCCGGCAGCAGAUCGAGCGCCGGCGCUCCUCGGCCGAGAUCCUGACCGCCAUGAUGCGGCCCCGGUCGUCGGGCCCGGCUGCUGACCCUCUGCCGGACUUGCGGCCGCCGGUGCGUGCCGUGUCGGCCGGCCGCCGGCCGGCCCACCAUCUGUCCUCGGUUACCGGGGGCAGCGGGACGGCCUCCUCGGCCUCCAGCAUGUACGAGCGCUCGGAUGGCGGGUAUCUGCGCCCGGGCAACACCGGGCACACGACGGCCACCUUGCGCUCGGCGCCCUCCACCCCCCCGUCGGCAUCGGGCGCGGUCGCGGCAUCGGCCUCCCUGGGCACCCUGCAUGCUCCGGCUGGCAGCCUGGCCGGCUCCUUCGCCGACGACGAUGACAGCGACCUGGCAGCCUUCGUCACGCCGACCGGGGUCGAUGGCAGUGUCCUCGGGCUGUCCCCUCACCAUUCCUAG